AUGUUUGCAUUAUUUUCUGGUUUAGUUGGAACAGCGUUUUCAGUUUUAAUUAGAUUAGAAUUAUCUGGUCCAGGUGUUCAAUAUAUAUCAGACAAUCAGUUAUAUAAUAGUAUAAUAACAGCGCAUGCUAUAUUGAUGAUUUUCUUCAUGGUUAUGCCUGCAUUAAUUGGAGGUUUUGGUAAUUUCUUAUUACCAUUACUAGUAGGAGGUCCAGAUAUGGCAUUUCCUAGAUUAAAUAAUAUAAGUAUACAAUCUCACAGUGGACCUAGUGUAGAUUUAGCUAUUUUUGGUUUACAUUUAAGUGGUAUUAGUAGUAUGUUAGGUGCUAUGAAUUUUAUAACUACUAUAUUAAAUAUGAGAAGUCCUGCUGUGUUAUUAUUAUUAUCAUUACCUGUGUUAGCUGGUGGUAUUACUAUGAUCUUAACUGAUAGAAAUUUUAAUACUUCAUUCUUUGAAGUAGCUGGUGGUGUUUAUAUUUUAAUUAUACCAGGAUUUGGUAUUAUUAGUACAGUUAUUUCAGCAGCAUCAAGUAAAAACGUAUUUGGUUAUUUAGGUAUGGUUUACGCUAUGAUGUCUAUUGCUACAUGUUAUGGUGGAUCUUUACAUUUAACACCUCCUAUGCUUUUUGCAUUAGGAUUUGUUGUAUUAUUCACUAUUGGUGGGUUAAGUGGUGUUGUAUUAGCUAAUGCUUCACUUGAUGUAGCAUUCCACGAUACUUACUAUGUUGUAGCUCACUUCCAUUAUGUUUUAUCUAUGGGUGCUGUAUUUGCAUUAUUUAGUGGUUGA